AUGCCGUCCAGGGAAGAGUUGGUAGAGAAGGCAAAGCUUGCUGAGCAAGCAGAGAGAUACGAAGAUAUGGCAGAGGCUAUGAAGAAUGCAGUUGAAGAAAAUCCUGUCCUCACUGCCGAGGAGAGAAAUCUACUUUCUGUAGCCUACAAGAAUGUGGUUGGAGCUAAGCGUUCCGCGUGGAGGGUGGUCGAAGCCAUGGAGCAGAAACACUCAGCAACGAAUGAUGAUAAAGUUCAUCUCAUAAAGGAUUAUAAGGAAAAAGUGGAGAAAGAAUUAAACGAAGUCUGCAAGGAAGUUCUGGUAAGUUCGCACCCCUUCUUGCUUGUCUUUCCUAGUCUAGUCAAGUAUUCUGUAAGCUCUUAGUAAUCGCUCGUGGUCUCUGGAGGUGUUCUUUCCGUGAAGGAAAGCUUAAUCCCUCGAUCGAAUUAAAAUGUUCUGGUAAUCUGGAUUCUUACGUUAAAGGAUUUGCUGGAUCAGGAAAAAGACCCUUCUCUCAUCAAAUGUGCUGCUGCUAGUGAUGAUGCAGAGGCGCACAUUUUCUACCUGAAGAUGAAGGGAGAUUACCUGAGAUACGAAGCAGAGGUUGCAGAUGAAGGUAGAAGGAAAGGUACGUCAGCUUGUAGAGAUGCUUUUGGGAAAAAAUAGCUGGAUGAAUAUAAUUAUAUACGCGUACGUUGUGAUUUUCGAAAUUAAGUUUUUAAAUUAUUUUUAAUCUGUCCGGGUUCUCAAGUCUUCUGAAAGCUUUGCUUUAGUUCGCUCUUAAUUUUACACACUCACUCACUGACAGUUUAUGAUAAAUAUCUUCCGUGCUUCACGUGCUCGAGUUCGACAUGAUGACCACUUCAAGUAAUUAGCCAGCAAUAAAUUUUACAGUUAAAAAUAUCAGUAAAUAGUCCUGUGGGAAGCAGUUAAUACAAUUUUGACAACUAACUGAAUAAAAGUAGCCAUUUUGAGGCCACUUUUAUUUUAACUUAAUAUGGCCUGUCAUAUACCAUUUUAAAGUUAAUUAAAUUUUCUACAAGAGUGUAGGUUAGGCUAGUUUAGGCUGAAAAAUUUAUGGCUUGCAUCAUGUCCCCCUUUGCCCUCAAAAGAAGAGACAUCACUAUCAUCUUUAACAUCAUUGACAAUCGUGGCAACUUCUUUUGCAGCAUAUGAGAUCUUGUCUGUCUUCCUGCCAUGUUGUUAUCCCUUUCUUAACAAUUUUAAGCCAAAAAUGACUUGUUUUUAAGCUAAAUUUUAAGAUUUAUACAGCUACACCAUACUCUUGUGGACAUUCAGAGUGAAAGGUCCAGGAAAAAAAUGGCAAAUUCAAGUGAAAUAUCAAGGACAACUAAAUGAAAAAAAUUCAGCAGAUUUAUAAACAACUACAUACAUAAGAACAAGAUGAAAGGCUACCUUGACAUUAAUUCCUUUCAUACAACAGGCAUUUUUUGUCCAUUAUGUAGUACAUGCAGAUAAUUUUGCCCUGGUCAGAUUGAGGGUUAAACCAAGUCAACUAAUAAUUCAUGAUAUACUGCAAUUUACUUACAUCCUUACCUUGAUCACCUUUACACUUUAAUAUAAGGCACCUGAAAUAAACUGUGCCGUGAAUAAACCUGACAUUGUUAUAUAAUAGGCAUUCAUAAAAGCCAGAAUUUUGGCUACAGGUACAUGAACAGCCCCCUGAUUCAACUUAAUAGUUCACGAAUGAUCAACAUCUAUAACCAUCAUAAAAAGCUCCAAGUGCCUGACUGCUGAUGAAGUUGAAGAACCCAAACAGUGGUGGUAAAGUGAAGUUGUUCAUGGUCGUUGUUUCAUGGCCUUUUGUUUUGAUAUUGACGAAACAAAUCAAAGGAUAGAUUAACGCUUGAGUGACUCCACGUGACCUUGGGCCUUGGCGUUUCUAGGAUUUUGGCUAGUUUUUAAUAUGCUUUGGGAGAUAAAUUGCAUGACUAUAACAAGAUUUCCUGUGACAUAGAAUGGUGACUUCUUUGUAAAAGUACACCUUCAUAAGUUGUGUAUGACAUUUGUGCCCUUGCUUUUUGCCUUAAAAUAGUACAUGAUGUAAAAUAAUUGGUUCAGCGAAAGGAAAUAGUACAACAUCGCACUCAGACUCGCAUUUAUUAAAGUUUAACCAAAACUGACAAAAAGUGGUUAAUCGAUUGUACAGACACAUCAGGGCUCAAAAUAACAGACAGCAGGUCGCCGGUCAUGAUGACCGGCCAAAUAUUUUUUAGCCCGGACAAACCCCGAUUUUGGCCGGUCAGAUAAUGAAUAUUACUAUAAUUUUUUUUGUCAAUGGAGUAUCGAAUAACGCUUGCAGUAGAUCGUUGUACUGCAUUGGCUUUCAGGUUUUUGGCGGCAAGUUGGUGAAAAAUUCAUUUACACGUUGCUGAGUUGCUUUCCGUGGUUUUCGCCGGUUUUCACGUCCAUUUAUGUAUACCUUGAGUAUCAUUGUACAAGGGUGUCCGUAAGUCUCCAAGGUUCGUCCUAUAUCUGCCAUAUCAGUGAAACUUGAUCUUUUUCGUUGUCCGGCACGUGACCGAAAGUCUGCUCCAUGAAGAAGAAACGUCGCUAAAUAUUUCCGGCAAAGAAGUUGAUUUGGCAAGAAAUUUGUUCCACAAACAGCAUAUUUAUCAUCAGAAGUCAAUAAAUGUACAGCAGAGCUUUCUUUUGGGUCGUCGUGCAACACUUUAUCAUGAAGGGCUCAUUAACGUGAACAGAAACUUGCAUAAAGCUAUUUAUUUAAGCGCCGAGAUAGGCGACAUUCGUUCUCGAUUAGCUUAGUUUUUAUCAGACAAUUCUGGAAUCAAGUCCGCAAACGAGAUUCAUGUUCGACAUAGAGAAAGUAUUAUAAUUAAUCGAUGCGCUGAAUUUUAUUUUUUUAUUUUUAGAAAUAGUACAGGAUGAGUGAUCGAUUUGACCGAAUUCCGUCGAAGGUGAUUUUCACAAUCCUCUUACAAGUAGAUGUGAAACGUUCGAUGGACAAAAACUGUUAGCUGUCCUUUAGUUUUCUAACAAAUAACAAAUUAUCGGUAGUGUAUGUUUUCCCAAAGAAGGUCACAUUACUGAUCACAGCAAAGCAGAAUGUACGAUAUGACCUGCUGCAUCGUUGCGUUACUCCACAACCCAGUUUGUUGUUGUUUCGCAUUUCAUUACGACAUGACGACUGAAAUUUAUUGCGGCGUUCUUUUUCUUUAAAGGGUUUAGUGCAAAGCAGCAACAAAAGCCAAAGAAAAAAGAAAUCAUUACAGCCUUAUAGAGCGAACGCAUUAUGCGACAACUGUAUGGAAAAUAUUACAAAAUGUUCGCAUCCAAAAAUGACCUGUCAAAUGACGGGCAAGACGAGAGGUUGACCGGUCAAGUCCACGAUCAGGCCGGACAUUGUCCGUUGACUGGCCGUCAUUUCGAGCCCUGCACAUCCUUGACUGAGUCAAAAAUUUACAACAAUCGCUUAAGUGAAGCUAAAAUUAAGAAGUUACAUAUUUUGGUCAAAUGCGAAAAAAUCACACCUAUCAAAGCAAAAAGAAUUGUUUCCUAAAGCUGUGAAUACUUCGUGAUCUGUUUUUAGAUCCGUAGACAAGUCAGCGUUUUGGUUGCAGGAUAUUGACAUCAGUACAGCAUUAAUAGUAUCAAUGAAAUGAACCUAACGGUCAUAUUCAUGAUUAAUUGAGAAUUCAAUCAGUCAUUACACCGCUAAUGUUGGAUAGAGAUUUAUUUGCUGGAUAGCAUUAUCCACCUUCUUACAACUGGGUCUAGAAGUUUACACUUUUCACUGGAAAUUGUAAUAAGAGACUGCACAUGUUCAUGUAAUGACUGUUUUGUUUUCAGAGGUGAUAAAUGAAUCCGAUGAAGCCUACAAAGAAGCAAAUCAGAAAAGUGAGGACAAACUAGCCCCCACACAUCCUAUUCGACUAGGACUGGCACUUAAUUACUCAGUCUUUUAUUAUGAAAUCAAACAAGAUUCUGAGAAGGCUUGUGUAAUGGCAAAGAAGGUCAGUUGUACAGUUAAAACAGUACCCUGGGGUUUCAAUAAAAAAAAUAAAGUAGACAGCAGGUUUGAAUAGAGUAACCGAUGGAUGGUAACAACCAGGGGCCUGUAGGCGCCUUCUUCUAGGGGACUCUUGGGGGUUUGCUACCCCCUUAAAAUUUUCAAAGUUUUGCAGCCCUAAAAUGCAAUUUCCAGCUUUCUGGGCACCUAGAUUGAGUUCAAAAGUUCAAGGAAGAUUUCUUCUCAGCAGUUAUUGUGUAUAAUAAUACAUUUCCUGGAAAACAAUGAAUAUUUAUUGAUUUUGGUUGUAAAGAAUAGGGGAAUACUAAGAGAUCAAGAAGGGGUAAUAACUUUCUUCCCCUGAAAUGCGGGGGAGGCUCAUCAUAGACCCAGGGGCAGAUAGUGGGAGCGAGGGAAAGUCUAGAUGGUUGGAAUAAAUGGCGCAAAGAAAAGUAACCAAUGGGGAGGAGAGCCCCUGGGGACAUGGUUCCAGACAGUUGCAGUCUUUUUGGCUUCUGAUUGGUGCCAGAAAAUGUUUGUGUUUUUCUGCCCAAUAAGAGUGCAGCAGUCCGUGGAGUCGCAAAGUACAUGAAGUUUAGCUGUUCUCCAUGUAUAUCUAGGCUGUUCACAAUGUCAGAACAUGACGUAAGGGAAAACGUUCUGAACAUCUGCAAUGAUCUCACCGGUUUUGGAUCUUUCGCAGGUAUCAUAACAAAAGCCUGUGUAAAAGUUUGUGAAAAUAUUCUCUCAUGUACUGAUGUGUUUUGGACACAGGGAGAUCUAUUUUUUGAAAAGCCUACUAGCAAGGUGGACCUGAGUGAGCAUGGCUCUUUAUUCUGAAGUUGCUCCACUUGUUUCAUGAUUUCUUGGAUCACGUACUUGUUAUGACUAUAACUUGGGAAUCCUGGGAAUUUUUUUGCUGUGGCAGGUGUGUUGAGUGACUUGCAACCACACCUACAAUGUAUCUACGUGACGUGGCUGGGUAUAUUUCCAUAGUUUUGCCAAGUGUGCUGAGUCAUUCUCCCUUAAACUAAAUCUAAAACUAAAUAUUUAUUGAUAGCAUCCAAAGAUUUGAAUGUUUAUGUUGUAAAAAUUAUCAGAUCCACAUUCAGUAAGAUGAAGUAUCCUACUUUUGAGCUAAUGUUACAUGUCGCUUCAUUGCUGCAAAACCACCAGGCUUUGCAGCAGACUAAUUCAGGUUGCGUGCUUGACCAGGCUGGGUUAACUGUGCACGAUACCAUCCGCUUUUGAGCUUUCUUGGAUGUAACUAUGUUUGUACAGGCUGUCAUUAAGAGCCAGGGGCCGGGAAUUUCCCCUGGCUACUAUGAAUGUGGUCCCUGGCUACUUCAAUUGGAAAAUAGAAGAAAAACAGAACCAAAAGAAAUCGCUAGCCAUUUGAUUCCCUGCCUACUUGUUGUAUAUGUUGUAGUUAAUUUUUUAAUCUCAGUUAAUUUUUAUUUUUCCAUUGUUUUUGGGUAUGGUAAUGUCUUCUAAUGAAUUUUUUAACAAAAAAAAAGGAAAUUGAAAUAAUAAUAAUUACAUUAUUAUUAUUAUUAUUACUACCACUUUUCUUCGCACCAUUUUUUCCACCCGUUUCCCUUGCCCUCUUUAUUUGCCCCUGGGUCUCCGAGGAUGGGGGGCGGGGGAGGGGGCUUAUUUGAAAGGGGGUUUAAGCAAGAGAGUGGUGAAGUGAGCUCACCAGUGACCUCAGGUUUUUUAGUUAGGUACCUAUUUACUUCUUAAUUACUUUAAUGUCUAGAAGACAUUGAAAAGUAAGCUGACCCCAUAAGGCACAGUAUGGCUAUGGCUUUCUAGAUUUCUAACAUUCUCCAGACCAGUAUCCUUCAGCAGUGUGUCUUUGUAUGUGGUUAUAGGACAUCCUCUUUGAGCCCUCCCAUUUUUCAUGACCGUUGGUGCCCAUGUUAUAAGCUGUUGGACUGGAGAGCUCUUAGAGUGAUUUUCGUAUGACCUUGAAAUGAAAAUGUCCAAACAAAACAGAAACAACAAACAAAUGUAAAUGGAGCGAUUUGAUUUGGUUAUAGAAUGGAUACAAAUACACAUGGCCUUUGGUUGGUUAAGCGAACGCUUGGGUGCAAAAACUUCUUGCCUGAGAACUUUCUAGAAAUCAAUCGAUACUUCUCUUUCACGCCAUACUGCAACAUGAUUGGCCAAUCAAACAAUGCCUUCUCCGUAUUACGGUUUUCUUUGGCAGGAAAACGAAGAGUCUACGUUUUGAUCUUUUCAUCCAUUGGCUGAUAAAACAAAUAACAAACACUUAUGGAAACCAGUUUUCAAGGUCAUGCAAAAAUCGCUCUAUCAUUAAAAAAACAUGUCUGGAUGGUGCAAUUCUUCUAUUCUGAAUGGUAGUGGUCACCUUUUCUAAACUACCCUAAAGCUCACUAUUUUGUAACCUUGUUUAGUAGUUAAGUAAUGACCAAUUCAACAUGGUUGCCACAGGUCAGGAAAUGGUCAGGGGCGAAAAAAAUUCUUCAGGGUCACGGAAAAGUCAGGAAAUUUUACUUCAAGUCAGGGAAAGUUAAAGUCGUUGAAAAGUGAAAUUUUAAGAGUACAUUUUAUUCUUUCCGCGGUACUUUUGUUUUUUUCUAACAUUUAAAAUUCUUUUGUACAAUUUACACAUGUUGUGUCAGUAGAAUAUCGUUCACGGAAUUCAUGUUAAGGAACUAUCAAUUCAUUUACACUGCAGGUGACUCACUGAAAGCAUAAAUAAAUGGGGGGAGAGGAUGGCUAUAAGGGAAGGGUCGGGUCCAUCAUCAGGACUUAUUUGUUGAAUUGUUAAUUAGCUGGACAGAGAAAUUUUACGUCUUUCAGGAAAAUGUCAGGGAAUUUCAGAAACCUUUGGCUGUAGCAAGCAUGUUUGAUCUAAAGACCCAUUAUCUUUUAGGCCUUUGAUGAUGCUAUUGCUGAGCUUGAUUCACUGAAAGAGGACAGCUACAAAGAUAGUACUCUUAUAAUGCAACUACUGCGUGACAACUUGACUGUAAGUGUAGAGUAA